AUGCCAGCACCAAAUGGUCGGAGGUGUUGGUCUGACUACCUCCUCAGACAAAUUGUGUCCGAUCUGUUUCAUAGCCUGGUACCAGCGGGGCGCGGAAUCAGUUGGACCCAGUCCCAGGGUCGACAAUUGCCCGGACAAGUGCGAGCAGGUUGA